CCACUUGCAGAACAGCAGGUUAUCUAUUUAACUCGAAGUUUACCGGUUAAAUUAAUAAAUUGGCUUGCACAACAGUAGGUUAGGCAUUAACUCAGAGAUAAAAACUUAAAUAUUUAACCCACAAAAUUUUGAGGGUUAAAUUGUUAAGUUAGUGUCAGUUCUGCCGAAAACUAGAAAUACAAAUAAAAUUUAAAUUCUUUAAAUUGUGAAAUAUUUUAUGUAAAUAAAUGAAAAGAUGAACGAAUUGGUGCAUUCUGACGAUGAUGAGGAAAUCAUUGAUUACGUCAACUCAGAUUUCUAUAAUAGAUCAACAGCGGAGCGAAGUGAUCAUUAUAAUGAUCUGCGAGAGAAAGCAUUCCACAGGAGAUUUCGCUUGCAAAAGGAAAGCGUUAUUUUCCUUUUAGACAAGCUUAAACCGUGGUUAGAAUGCUCAAAGAGCAAUGCAAUAUCUCCUAUGAACCAGUUACUAUGUGCAUUGCGAUUCUAUGCUACGGGUAGUCAACUCGUAACGUGUGGGGACUUCAUUGGUGUCCAUGAGUCUACUGCAAGCAGAAUCGUGCAUAAAGUUACUGAUGCUAUAGCACGUUUGUACCCAGAAUUUAUACGAAUGCCGACAGAGGUAGAAGACAUGAGGAAAGCUGCAGUGAAGUUCUAUGAAAUUGCUCGAUUUCCGCGGGUCAUUGGGGCUAUAGAUUGCACUCAUGUCAGGAUAAAGUCGCCAGGAGGGGAAUAUGCGGAAAUAUAUAGGAAUCGAAAGGGUUACUUUUCAGUAAACACCCAAGCAAUCUGUUCUGCAGAUUUAUUGUUUACCGAUGUCAUGGGUCUUCUCAUGAUUCUCACAUUUGGGACAAUUGUAAUCAGAGCAGAUAUUUUGUUCAGGGAGCAUAUGGUGAUUUCUGUUUGCUUGGAGAUAGUGGUUAUGCUCAAACCACAUUUAUGA